UAUUUUUUUGGUGACUGCGAUUUAAUUUACCCAAGUUUAGAUACCUUGGUAAUAGUAGAUAAAAAAGGAGAAAAAAAAACAAUCAAGUGUUUAGAUAAGAUCAAUUACUUUACAGUUAAUGAAAAGAGAACUGUAGCUGCAUCUAGCCACUACCAUCCAAAUGAUUUGACAAGUACCGUUCUAGUGUGGGAUUUAAUAUCAAUGAACCAAAUUACUAGUAUUUCGGUACCAAGAGGAUAUAAUGAAAUAUAUGGAUUAAAAUUUUCAAAUGAUAGCUCACGACUUGUAGGCUUGGCCAGUGAUGACAAAUAUACUCUAUUUCUAUGGGAUGUAAAAAGUGGGUCCAUGAUCAUCAGCUCCCCAAAUACCUAUCAUGUAAAUGGGGUAUCUUUUAAUCCAUUUAACAUGUAUUCGAUGAUUACAUUUGGUGACCAACAUAUAAACUUUUGGACAAUGAAUGAUACAAUGAUAUUAAAGAAAAAAGCAAUUUUUGGCAAAGAGUUUCAAAUGACCAAUAUUCACUGUUGCUAUGUCUAUUCUUUCGAUACAUUCUUUUUUGGAACCAACGAUGGCCAUAUAUUAAUAUUUAAAAAUAACAAUUUAGUUCAAAUUAUCAGACUAUUUAAUAACUCUCCAAUUUAUUAUAUAACACCAAAUAAUAUUAAAGAUGAAAGAAAAAUUAUUCAACUAUCAUUACAACAGCUUUUACAACAACAACAACAAAUUCAACUUCAACAAUCUCAAUUACAACAGCAGCAAACCCAACAACAAGCACAAAUACAUAACCCCCAACAAACAAAUAGUAAUAUUACUAAUAAUAACAACAAUAAUACUGCUAAUAACAACAAUAAUAAUAAUAAUAAUAACAAUAAUAACAAUACAAAUAAUAACUCAAUUAUUAUUAGCAAUACCAAUAUUGCUAGUUUCACGAGAAAAACUGGUUUCUUUGUAACAUUUGAAAACUAUAUAUUAUACUUUUCACCUGACGAUUCUUUUAAAAAUCCCAAACCAGUUUCUUUAGGAAUACCUAAAUUUUGCAGUAAUAAUAAUAACAAUCCAAAAAACAUUUAUUUCAUUGAUUCUUUUGACGAAAAAAUGAUUUUAGUUGACCAAAAUAACGAUAUUUCUCAAUAUAAUUUAAAUAGUACUGACCAAUAA